AUGGUCUCCAUCACAGGAUUCUUCACUCCUGCAUCAACAGAUGACGACAGGACAGAGAAAAUCAAUUUAGGAAUUACUACCCUUCUUGCAAUGUCCAUCUUGAUGUUGAUGGUAUCCGAUCAGAUGCCUACGACUAGCGAAUUUGUUCCUUUGAUAGGUCGACGGCAGUAUGGACGAAAUCCACCACUCUACGUACGCUAUUAUUUCUUCGUCGUUAUUCCAUCAUUCCUCUAUGUAAGUGUGCCACCAGCGCUUGAAAAGCUCUGGUCUGAAUUGGAUGAUGACCCUCUAAAUGCAUGGAGGAAGAAGAAGAUUAGCACCAUAGAAAAAACCGGCUCACUAUAUAAGGAAAGAUACCCAAAAUCGCCAUUGUUAGAACGGCAGUCUACCCUGCGAAUUCCGAAGGUUGGGCUAGAUCGAUUCAAUUCGAUACAGAUGAUCGACAUUUCGGUACCGCCGUCGCCAGCUGCAUCACGGCUUUCC